CAACCACAUUGCUCUCUUGAGUCAGCCAGUACUUUCAGACACGCUCUUUCACUCAUCAGUCUUUCUCACUCACACACACACACACACACACACACACACACACACACACACACACACACACACACCCCACAGCCUGGCAGCCUGCACAGCCAGCAUUCUCCAGGAUGACACUGAACUGAAACACAGCACAGGCGAAGUGUUCAGUUUUUUUUUAAGGAUCAGCUGCAAUCAUGCCUAUUCUAAAAAAGCUCCCAGGACGAUCCAAGAGCUGCCACGAGUUCCCCAGAGUAAACGGUGAACUGAUCCUGCCCCGGCUGGAGUUGGACCUGAGGGAUCUGAAUGAUCUAAAUGAGCUGAAGGAACUGAAUGAGCUGAAGAAAAGCCUUAACCCCUUUGACGAUGUGGACCUGGACGAGGACCAGAAGAACGGGGGAGACACGGGCCUCUUCAUGGGGGAGGUCAGAGGGAACCUUCAGCUGAGGUCUUCGCGUGACGGAGAAGAGGAAGAGAAUGAAGUGAACACAGAGAAGCAUGGGGCAGGAAACCUCAAAGGGAAGCCGCUCAGGGGCACUCUGGAGCGCAUUUGUGGAGUCUCACCCCUCAAAACCCUCGAGAAACUGGGAAAGGGUCUUCGCAAAUCAGGACGAAAUGUAUGGGGGAACAGCUUUCCCCACCACAACCCUGGAGACUCAAAGACACUCCCAGCAGAGAAGGAGAAGGGAAAAGGGCUGCGAAGAGGCUCAGAGGGGAUUAUGACCCUACUUCGUGGAAAAGGUCGUCGUAAGGAGGAGCGCAGGGAAAGCCUGCCCUGUGGGGACCUGAGCACAGAGUGUGAGGCAGAGGGUUCCAGGCGACCCUCCUUUCUGAGGAUCAGUUUGGGAAAGCUGAAAAGAGAAUCCAUGUCGGACAAGGCUUCCCAAGAGGCUGACGAGGAGGAGCUAGAAGAGGAACCAGUAGUUAAAAGCAGAGAGCCCCUGUCAGUUCUGGAGAUUCUCCAGUUGGUCAACCACAGAGACCUUCUCUUGGCCGACACACACAUUCUGGAGCUGGAACGCGAGUGUGAGCUCCUGUCUUUGCUGCCAGCAACACCUGCAUCCACCCCUACUUCUACCUUAAGUCGUAGCACACCACCUAUUGCCCAUCUUUUAUCAUCUUCAUCCUUUGACGAGGCUCUUAGCGCAAAUGCAACACUAGACUCGAGCAGAAGGAAAGCUAAAGAUGUGGAGCUCCUGUACGAAGCCUUGCAAAAGGAGAUGUGGGACGUGGUAAGAGAGUCGCUACGCCAGCCAAGCGCCGGCCCUAACCUUGGUCUAGUGGUGCUGGUUAUCCAACAGGAAGAGCAUGCUGAUGCUGCCUGGGCUGUGAGAGAGGACACCAGAACAGAGCCAGUGAGCCCCCACAUCCAACCCAGCCAUCGUCCUCGACAGCUGAAGAUGAAGUGGAGGCACGCCGUGGCAGAAGCUGCUGACUGGAGCCUGCCUCAACAGGUAGAUACUCAGGCAGGCCAGCUGGCCUUAUAUCUGGAGCGUCUGAGGAGCCGGAUGGUGGACGAUCUGGAUGCAGCCAGGAGAAACGCUGUAUCCAUUUACCCAGAGGAGUUUACAGCUUUCCAGGUGUAUGUGGAAAGCUACCAUCAGGCUGUUGCCAGACGCCUUCGGACCAUCACCAGUGGGCCACUGCAGAUCACAGAUGUCUACUCACUAUUAGACUGGUUUUACAACAUCUACAACAGGGAUGUGCUUGGAACCAUUGGCACCAGCACACCCAUACACUACACUGCACUGGAACCUAUUCUUCCUCAACAGACUGUGGACAGGCUGGAGGAAGACUGCAUCAGUAUAGUCAGGGAUAAAGUAACAACAGAGCUUAUCCAGGUUCUGGAGGAAGAGGAGAGGCGAUGGGCUCAGACGCUACACAUAGAGGAGUAUCAGUCAAACCUAGCACGCUCUGUGAUCCAGAGGCUGAAGGUGGACUUGGAUAGAUCCACAUCUGUGAGCCAGUUUCUUGGUGCAAGAGUUGCUCGCUGUUGUCUUAUUGGGCUCGCUGACUUUCUCUUCAGCUUCCAGAGGAAGGUGGAGAUGUUUCAUGACACACAGGCCGAGUUUGGAGACAGAGGGGAUGGAUAUGUGUCCAAAACCAUAGCUCUGGUCAACUGCUGCCCUCCCCUGAGGACCUUUGUGGAGCGGUGCAGGCAGUGUGACCCACAGGGCAGCGAAGAGUCAGCUCAGAGAGCCGACUCUUCUCUUGACAGAAUCAUCAGCCAGUCGGUGGGGGUUCUGACGGACAGACUGUUUGAGCACAUUAGGCCUUUCUUUGACAAACUAAUGAAGAGGAAAUGGCUGAACAACACGGAGGCCUUUGAAGCUAUUGAAGCCAGUAUUAAACAGCACUUCAGAAAGUUCAAAAGGAUGGACCCUCCUCCAUAUCAGACAUUAGUUGGUGAGGUGCACAGACGGGUCCUGGUGGAGUAUGUGCGCGCCAUCAUGCGAGGUCGGAUCAUUUGCACCUCCUCUAAGAUGAGAAAGAGAAUGGCUUUUCGUCUACAAGACGAGGCCAAGCAGCUGAAAGGGCUCUUCAGAGAUCUGGAAUCAAACGCCUCCUGGUUGGACAGCACCAUCAGCCACCUAGCUGACAUCAUCCUUCUUGAAGACACUCCCUCCAUCCAGAUGGAGGUUGCUGUCCUGGUGAAAGAGUUCCCAGAUAUAAGGAAGAAGCAUGUCUCCACCCUACUGAACGUGCGAGGAAUGACGCGGCAGGCAGAGCGACAGGAGAUCCUCAACGUCGUCAAAGACUUUGAAUGCAGCAAUGCCCUCGUUUGCCAGGAACGUGCUCUGUUUGCUGACAUUCCCAUCACAUCAGAGAUGCACUGCAUCAGCCUGCGUCUCCUGCGCCUCGCCAUGACCGUCUCCAACUGGUUCUCAGAGCAUCGGCCAAGGCGAAGGCCCAGGACAAAUGCUCGGAGUUCAGCACCUCAAGCGGUCGAGUCAGCUGAAGACAAAAACAAGCUUCACAGAGAAGAUUAGGACUUUAAUGUCAUGUACAUGAACCUUUGAUUCCAAACAGUGUUACCAGUCUCCUAAAGAAACUUGACCUAAUGUACUGCUGGUACUGUACAUGCUCGCUGACAUUAACUUUGGGUAUUUUAAAUCGCCAUGUUUUAUAUUUUGGUUUUGAUUCAUACAUAGUCAAGUAAUCAAGUGGUUAAAAUGUCCAAAAUAACUUUUUUUGUUAUUCUGUUCUGUCUCUAUCAACCUUUUAUUCUUCCAUAACUCUGCAAAACCCAGUAGAUUAUAUUUUACAGUAUGACGUACAGUGUAUAUUAACCUAGUCAUUUAUCCAUAUUCUCUGCUAUCUAGUGCAUUCUGUGCAGAUGUGUUCAGAUUUCUACAAGUCAGUAUCAUCAACCACAUAAUAGGAUCUACACUCACGCUGCAGCAUGCAGCUAAACUAUAGAGCUGUCUUCAGUGACAAAAUAAACUAACAUUCCUGGAAAGAUGGGCUGGCCCCCACGGAGCUCUGAUCGCAGUAUCAUGGAGACACACUGAUCUUUCUUAGGAUGAAAUUUGUAAGUAUAGUUGUGUGUCUAAGUGUAUCAAGAUGACUCUGUGCUGCUUGGGCAAAACAUGGCUUUAUGUCUUUAUGGCACUUUGCUUGAAGUUAAUGUAACAACAAUGAUUACUUGCUUUAUCUUGGAGAGAAUGCUCAUUUUAACUUGGAGGCUAAAAAUCUCUAAAGCAAAACGGUGUGAAAAUGUGUUGAACUUUGACUGUGAAGGAAAUGGAUUCAUUGCUGGAAACAAUAAAAGCCCAUUGACUGGGCAGAAUAAGUA